CACGAUUCCCCGACACACGGUUGACGACGCAGCGUUUGAAAUGGCUGUGACUCUGCACACGGACCUGGGAGAAGUGAAGAUCGAGCUGUUCUGUGAGCGAACACCGAGAGCGUGUGAGAACUUCCUUGCUUUGUGUGCCGGUGGCUUCUACAGCGGUUGCGUCUUCCACAGAAAUAUCAAAGGCUUCAUGGUUCAGACUGGAGAUCCCACAGGAACGGGUAAAGGAGGAACAAGUAUAUGGGGUCGCAAAUUUGAAGACGAGUACAGUGAGCACUUAAAGCAUAAUGUGAGGGGGGUGGUCUCAAUGGCGAAUAAUGGCCCCAACACGAAUGGAUCCCAGUUUUUCUUCACAUACGCCAAACAGCCCCAUCUGGACAUGAAGUACACGGUCUUUGGAAAGAUUAUCGAUGGCCUGGAGACGCUGGACGAGCUGGAGAAACUGCCCGUCAAUGAAAAGACGUUUCGACCGCUGACGGAAACGCGGAUAAAGGAUGUGACCAUUCACGCCAACCCCUUCGCUGGAUAACCCAUCUGGACUUCAACACGCUGACAGGCUUUUAACACAGUCAUGAACUCAGAUAUUUUCCAAUAAACAAAGUGUUACAGUGUGUGGUACCUGGCCAUUGUUAAAUUGCUACAAAUUAAAUUGACACCAAUAAGUGAACGACUGAGGCUGUCAAAUGCUAAGUUGUCUUAACAAAAUUUGUAAUCAUUUUAAAUUUUGUUUGAUUUUGACCUGUUUUAGCCGAAUCUGUUACUGUUAAUUAUAAGAAAUGCUUAUUUUCCUUUUAAACUGAUUCCAGUAUCUCUAAGCAUUUGUAAUGGAAAUUAUACUUAACCUGUUAAUUUCCGUGUUUUCACAAACAUUGAAACAAUAGAAAUAAAACACGUUUUUUGUCUUUAUACGACACUGCUGUUUC